AUGAAUUUCUUUCCGUAUCUCGAUGAAAAGUUAAAUUAUCAGUUAUAUUUACUGGUUUACGGUCACCACAAAGUAAGUUGGUAUGAAAAAGUAAUAGCAAGAAUACAAGAGCUAAUUUUAUCGACAAAUCAAUUGAAAAAUUAUGAGCUAUCGAUUUUACUGCUACUUGCAAUUGGACUUAUUAUUUUAAUUGGAUAUGAAAUAUUUAAAAAAUGUUUCACUACUUUGGUUUCGCGCAAUCAAGCCGAAACUCAACCAGUUGAAGAAAUAAAAUUUUCUUGCAAAGAAAAUAAUGAAGCUAAAGAGACAUGCGUAGAAAUAUCCAGAGAUGAAUUAAAUAUCCAGAAUGGAAAUUUUAAUUGCGAAAAAUACGAAGCACUGGAUGAAGUACAGGAAGUAAUAAUGCUUCUUAUUGAUAAAGUGUUGAAUAAUUUGAGCAGUCGAAAUGACUGUCAGUCUGAUGAACUUUUGAGCAUCAACCCAAUUUCUCCGAACACUGUCUCUACCCAAGAAAAUAUUAAUCAACUUAAAUAUUUAUACAACCAGUCGCGUAUUUACAAAUUAAAACCAGCGUCUAAAAUUCCACUGUUGCUUAAAUCUUACAAACAGAAAUAG